AUGGCCGCACCAGUCGAGUUCAAGCCGUUCGACGUCCCGGGGGCGAGGACAUACUUUGGCAACGUGCUUCCCUACGGGCUCCAGGUCAACGGCGAGAGCGGGCCGCCCCCGGUUGCUGAGUCUGCUUCAGCCCUGCGAGCCUUGGCAUCAUCAGGGAAGAUCCAGGAGCUUCUGGAACGUCACGGUGCCGUGCUGUUGCGUGGAAUGGGUCACGCCUCGGCGCAGACCUUCUCCGAUCUCGUUUGUGCCGUAGAAGAAGCACGGGGUUCGUCCCCCCACGAGCAGAUCGGCCUCGCCGGCAUUAGGACACCAGUGGCAACAGCCAUAUGGACGGCCAAUGAAGGGCCCGCUGACCGUCGCUUCUACCAACAUAACGAGUACUCCAGGUACACGCGUUUUCCAGCAAACAUUCAUUUCUACUGCGUGAAGAAGGCGCCGAAAGGUGGCGCAACGCCGAUCGCCAAUAGUGCCAACGUAUAUGAAAAGGUUCUUGCCGAGAUUCCGGAGUUGGUCGAGGGUGUUCGAAAACGCGGACUAGGUAUGAAGAUGGUCUUCCGUGCCCCCGGAAACGAGGGCAACGGCAACGGCUUCAACUGGGCAGGUGAGUUCAGCUUUGGGCAGGACUUUCUACCAGGCGACGACGACGCGACAAAACGGAGCAAGGUCGAGAAGCAAGUUCGCAGAUUAACAUCCGACUUCAAAUGGCUUGAGGAUGAUAGCCUUGAGUUGACUCAACAUAUUCCUGGCCUUCGGAGGUUACCGUCAAGCGGCAGACCUGUCUGGUUCAACGGACUCGUAGGACGUCAUGGAAUCACGCGAGACAUUGGUGCUCUCAACCCACCACAUAUCGGCCGUGAUGGAAUGACUUAUCUCCCGUGUGUUUACAGCGACGGCACUCCAAUUCCCCGGGAGUACCUAGACAAGCUUAUAGACGUUAUUGAUAAGGAGGAGAUUAGUCUAGUCUUGGAGCCGGGUGACCUUCUUCUCGUGGACAACUUCCAAGUGUCACAUGGCCGCGAGCCUUGGGAAGGAGAGAGACAGAUUUUGGUCUCCAUGUGGGAUGGUGCACCUUCGGUCGCAGAAUUUUAG